AUGUGGCGCGUCGAUGAGGAGGAGGAGGCUUCCUCGAGGUUUGACAGCGGGUCAGACUCGGAUGACUGCCUGCUUCCUGUGUGGAGCGAUGUCGAAUCAGAAGCAACAGACUGCGAGUUUCUGCGAGACGCGUGCCUCCAGUGCAAACUGGCUGCCUUCUUGCAGUUCCUGGCCAUGCCGCUGGUGUACUUUCUCGGGUACCUCGGCUGCCGGGACCUUGCUGCGGUGACCAUCGUCGUGCUUUUGUUCGCUUCGGGGGCUUUCCAGUUCCGGCUGAAGGACCGUCUACUCGAAUGGUUGCGCUGCCACCCUCAGGAAGCCUGGCAAGAGCUGACCCAGGCCACGGCCGAGCUGGAGGCAUCUUCGAAGUGGCUGCCGUGCCUUUCCACAGGCUCCCUGGCCUUUGUGAAGGGGAUCUAUGAAGCCGUGGACCCGGCCAUGGAUGCUUUCGCCGCGGGAAACUCGAGGCACAUGUACACCAAAGACGUGGAACGAGGCUUCCAGGUCUCCUGGAGGCGUGCCCCACUCAUUGGCCCUGCGGUUGCCGGGGUCGGAUUGCCUGGCGUGCUGCUGCUGAUCUUGGUGGCAGCCACCACCUGCCAGAUCUACAAGCUGGUCUCGGAAACGGUCCGCUUGGAGCGCAAGAUCGCCAGCAUGGAGGCGGAAUACCCGGCACAUGCUCGUGAGGCAGCCUCUUGGCGCUGGCAGAUGUGGAUACGAAUGGCCCAUGUGACUGACGUCGGGGGCCUGAUGUUACUGCAUUAUGUCUACCAGCAGCUGGUCCGUGUCGAGAUCGCGCGGUAUCCACACCUUUGGCCAAUAGUCGAUCGCAACGCGGCCUUUGAGGUGAAGACCUUCAUGGAAGCAGUGCCUUCCCUCUGGUUCCAGAUUUCGCUGGUCGGCUUGACCUACGACACAGCCAGCACUGAAAAUCUGGUCGUCACCUUUGCGUCGAUCACUACUGGUGCGCUGACAGUGGGUCAUAUUCUCUUCCUGGAGACAUCGGUGCUUCGACAUCUGUCCCACCUCGGAGAGCUCUUCACGCAGAAGCAGUGGGCUUUUUUACUAGCAUACGUGGGAACGCUUUGCUGCUGGUCUGCUUGCAUGGUCCGCCUUCUGGGCGUAUGGAUCUGCCCAGGACACAUCCUGAACGUCGAGUCUGGUUGCCAGCAAAGUUUCGAGGGACAGCGGAUCUGA